CGGUGGCAGCACUGCCGAGCGGCCCAGGCAGAUCUGCCCGUACAUAGUCAUCGCCUGCCAGUAUAGGGAGCCGAAGGAAAUGCCCGUCUUAGCAAUAGAGAGCCUACCUGAGCUUAAUCACAAAGCAUUGUACUGUCCAUGGAGGGGGCAGCUGUCCAUCCAGGGCCAGCUUUUGUGCAACAUCGCCCUGAGGACCCCAUACAGCUCCACGAUUCCAGCUCAGCUGCCUCCGAACCUGGACGUUAACCAUGUCAUGGGUUUGUCUGACUUGAAGAAAAAGCUACCAGAAGCUGCAUUUGGGAAAAGAAAUUACAUUGAGAAUGAAGUCUGCUUUCAGGGUGUUUACUUCAGUCUGUAUGAAGUAGAAAUAUCGAAUAAGGAUCAGUAUAAAAUGGAUGAGUUAGUAGAAAAUCUAAAGGAAAAAGACUUGGCAAUCAUCAAAUAUUUACAAGAUCAAGGAGUCCUUAUCCUCCUCACGUCCUCUGCCUUGGCACGAGAUGAUGGGUUUGACCCCAAGGAGCCCGUCAGCCUCCUGGCCCUGUUCCUGUUCACCUCGUCUCGGUUGGUGUGCCCGAAAGGUAGGGAGGUUCCCUUUGCUGGCUUUGGACACUGUGUUUUGGGUGUGGGAUCCUCACCAGAAGGUCCUCACGGACACAUUCCUCUAGAAAAACUGAUUUAUCUGCUCAGAACCACGUACAGCUUUAGUGCAAAGGGUGUUGAGAGAAAAGGUGAAUGUACUAAUCCCUUCAAAAAAUGCUCAGAGCUGUCCUUCUCCCAGCUGCAGCGUUAUUUCUCCGAUCCCAGCAGCUAUACUCUGGAAAUGUCAGCUGCCUUAGGAUGUUUGACUGGUGCUGUUCAGUCUCUUUGCUGCGAUUCAGAGGCUGAUUGUAAAGUGGACUUCUCUUCAGCUGUACCACCAGACCCUAUUCCUCCCAACACAGCAGCAGAAAGAAAAGUCAAAAGUGAAAACCCAAAGCCCACUGUGGAGCUGGACCAGAGUGGUGAAGUGCCCACAAAAGACGUCAACUCGGCUAGCAAGCUGUGGGUGCAGCAGAGCAGGAGGAAAUCCAGCCGAGCCGUUGUGACCAGCACCAGGAAGAAAUGGUCACCCCUCAAAAUGCAGAUGCAUCCUAUGGGGGACAGCGGCAGGAACAGGAAAGCAACCAAGAAGAAGAAAAUCAACAUCUCGUUCUCAUUUCCUAAAAAGCCAGGGCUCACAUCCAGUUCCAACGAGCCCAUGCUUAAAUUAGCCAAUUUGCAGUUUCCACACAGAAGGAAAAGAGGUGCAGAGGUCCUGUCUGCAGAAUUUGUGCACAAAGCACAGUCUGAACCUGUUCAGAAGGAAACCUCAGCUCCCGAUGAUCCCGGCUUGGAAACAAAGAGAGCAAAGACACUGAAGAACCCAGGCAUGAAAAAGGUUCCUGUUGGUGAGACUGUCAUGAAGCCAGUGAAAAAGUGGAAGGAACCAUUCACUGUCCUCCCGAGCGAAGUUUCUUCCCAACACCGCAGAGCGGAUAGCCAAACCAGUGAGAUUUACCCAGUCAGGGCUGCUGAUCUUGGUUUCAAUCUGAAGGGGAAUGACUACGAGUCCCACGCCUUGAACUUGCUGGCUGAUCUGGCUCUGGGUUCUUGUAUUCCAUUUAUCCCCAUGGACAGCGGGAUGAUCGCUGUGUCCUGCAGCCCCUCCAGUGACCCUGCAAAGGAGCAGCAGAGUCAUCGCAAGCACAAAUCCUUGCGAGUUGCUUCUGACCACGAAUAUCACAGGGUAGACAAGCUUGCAAAGGGAGCCACCUCUCCUAGCAAAGCACCGCUGAACCAGAAGCUUCCUCUUGCUGAAAAAAUAGACUUAAAUGACUUGGCCUCUGUUCCCAGGGACAAAAGCCCUGGGAUUCUCAGCAAGAAGAACAGUGCGAGCCUCAGCCCUGCAAAACCCCAGGCAUUGCCUCCAAGAGAGACUCAAGAAGCUGUCAAGGUGAACAAGCACUCCUUCAUCUCUGCCGAGCACUCAUAUGCCUCGCAGAUGCCUGAGCACUCGAAGAAACACAUGUAUCCCAGAGGUGCCCCCUACCCUGGACCAGCACUCUCCAGAAAUGGAACGAGGAACGCCCGAGCAGGACCCCUGGUUGGGAAAGUCCUGCCUUUCCGCCACCAGCAGAACAGCACCCACCCACAGCGGCCCUUCGAGGCUGUGACGAUGAGGCGCAGGAGCAGCCUGCUCUCCCCGAGGCUGAAGGAGGACUUCGCCAAGUCCCACACAGUGAACAUCUGUGGCGAGUCCAUGAAGGUGACGUGCCAUUGGGAGGCAGAGUAUCUCUUCAAUUUGGACAGCAGGUACACCAAUGAUGCCCUGGAGAAAACAGUCAUCCGCGCCCUGCACGGGCCCUGGGACCCUGAUCUGCCUGACGAUGUGGAAGAGAUGAAGCUCAUACUUCAUAUGUGGGUGGCUCUCUUCUACAGCAAACCCAGCAAACUCCUGAGUAGCACGAGGAAGGUGGUGGAGCACAGCAACCCUGAGAAGUACGUCUCAAUAAAUAGCACUGGGGACUUUCUUGAGCUGAGUGAUGACGGUGAGGACUGGUUUGGGUUGGAGACAUGCCCUGCAGACUCUCGGUCAGACCCUGACCAGACACCCAGCAGCUCUCUGGAUCGCAGCACACGUUGCCAGGGACCUUUCCGCCUAGAGGAAAGCCCUGCAGACUCUCAGACUGAUGCUGAUGGGACUCCUGGUGUUGUCGAUAGUAUGGUAUCAUCUUCUUCAGGGGACUUUUCCUGUGGGGAGGAGGAGCCUUCCUCCACAAGCUGUCCUGAGAGCCUUUCCCUCGCUGAACAUGCUGAUGAGAGCAUGGCUGUGAAAGACGGGCAGCCGGCAGUCGUUCCUGAGGAGCAUGUGCAUGACAUCUCGGCCAUCACUGUGGAGGAACCACCCAAGGAGGGACUGCUGGACGCUGCAAUCACCCCCGGCCCUUCCGAUGAGCUUGGUGAUGUCGGUUCCUACAGCACGAGACCUGUAGGUGCUGCAGGCACACGGACUAACUGCGACUCCUCCUCCAUGAGCUCGGUGCACACAGAGGGGUGCAGUGAGGACUGGGGCUCACUGGGCACAGAGGAGAGCUGCUCAUGGGCUGAGCGUGGCUGGUCGAUUGGCCUGGGGGAAGCCAGCAGCAGGCACGUUCCACCAUACGUCAAUAUUAGGGACAGCCAGGGGAUCACCAAGGACUACCAGAACUUUGUAGUCACCAAAAACUGGCAGGAGAGAAUGGGAAAUUUGCAGCCUUCAAAGAGGCGCAGCCACUGUGCGGGGCAGUCUCAUUUAUUAAGGUCACUGAUGGGGACUUGGAGGGAUUUUGAGGAAAUCACCCAGCACACUGUGGACAUGGAGUGUCUCCGUUUCCGUUAUAAGCUAAAACAAAUCCUAAGGAAUAGGAAACCACCCUUUUCUACCUCCAAGAGCAUCUUUCCAAAAGACUUUUCCCCCCAGGUGAUGUCUGAGACAUUGCCUGUGCAAGAAGCUCCUGUCCCACCCUUCCCUCGGAGCAGGAGCCCUUUGCAGGUGACGAUCCUGCCCUCCAACACGUGGCCGAGCAGGCUCGGCUGGCACCAGCAGAGCGGCUGGCGUGGGGACCCUUGUACCCCAUGGCAGGACACCCUCUGUGACGAGAGGAGCAGGGCCAGAUCCCGAACCAUGAGCCAGGGCCGCGCAGCUCCUUUCCACCUCAGCAAGCUCAAAUACGAUAAUAAGCUAAAGGACUCGCGGGGGGACAUCGCCGUCAUCCUCAAUGAGUACGCUGAGUUCAACAGGGUGAUGCUGAGCAGGACUGAUACAGGGAGUGAGGGUGGAGGGCCAGUCCCAGUGCCCAGGGAGGCCACGAGUGAGCAGAUGUGCACAUCCCUCCCAGGGAGAACGGCUGCCUUCAAGGAGAUGAUUGCGGACCUGUGUAGCUCACUGCAUUUCCACCUGCGCAGCAUGGCCAAGGAAGCCUGCAGCCACGCCGGCAUGUUCUACUUGGUGGAGACGGGCAAGGACCCUUUCUUUGCAAGAGUGAAGACCUUGCUGAAGAAAGAUGGCCGCGUGGAGAUCGAACCUCUGAGCUUCUGCGAAGCGAAACGCCCGGACGCCAACAGGCUGCUUGUCGUCAUCAGGAACGAAGACAUUUCCUCGCACAUCCACAACGUCCCGUGCUUGCUGAAGCUAAAACACUGUCCGGAUGUGGUGUUUGCCGGAGUGGACAGCCCUGAAGAUGUAGCAGGUCGCACAUACCAGGAGCUGUUUCAUACCGGUGGCUUCGUGGUGUCAGACAAUGAGGUGUUGGAAACGGUAACGCUGGGCCAACUGAAAGAGGUGGUGAAGGUGCUGGAGAAGCUGAACAGAAGCGGGAGAUGGAAGUGGCUCCUUCACUACAAGGAGAGCAAGAAGCUCAGAGAAGACAUCAGGGUGGACGCCAACACCCGCAAGAAGCACUUGAUCCUCAAAUCGUGCCAAGGAGCUGAUCUCAUCGAGGUGCUGCACUACCACGCCUGCGACUCCGGGUCGUCCCCCAAAUCCGAGUACAUCAACUGCUUGUUGAACCUGCAGGUUCAGCACGUCAGCGCCAGGUUCGCUGUGUAUCUCACAGAAAAGCCCAGCGUCAGCAGGGAGGUCCUUGAAAGCAAAGGAAUCCUCGUGGCCGACAUCAACACCUUCCUUGGGACGGUGCAGAAAGCUGCUGCCCCGUUUAGAAGAAGCUACUGGUAA